AUGGCACAGAAAGGAUUUAAAAUUGCUGGUGACAAACUCUGCUGCGCGAUCUGUUUGGAUCUACUGAAUGAUCCUGUGACUAUUCCCUGUGGACACAACUACUGCAGGGAAACCUUCAUACCGAGGCCUGCUCUGGUGAAAAACACCAUGUUAGCUGAGUUAGUGGAGGAAGUGAAGCAGACUGGACUGUAUGCUGUUCCUGCUACUCACUGCUAUGCUGGACCUGGAGAUGUGGCCUGUGAUGUUUGUAGUGGGAGAAAACUGAAAGCCUUCAAGUCGUGUCUGCACUGUGUGGUCUCUUAUUGUGAGCGCCAUCUACAGCCUCAUAAUAAUGUAGAUGGAUUGAAGAAACACAAACUGGUCAACCCAUUCAAGAAGCUUCAGGAGAACAUGUGCUCUCACCACAAUGAGGUAAUGAAGAUUUUCUGUCGCACGGAUCAGCAGUGUAUCUGUUAUUUGUGCUCCAUGGGUGAACAUAAAGGCCACGACACAGUCCCAGCUUCAACAGAAAGAACUGAAAAGCAGAAAGAGCUGAAGCCGUGUCUUGAAAAUUUUCAACUGAGAAUUCGGGACAGAGAAGAACAUGUUAAGGUGUUUCUGCAGGAAAUGGAGGCCAUUAGUGAGUCUGCUGAUAAAGCUGUGAGGGACACUGAGAAGACAUUUGAACAACUUUUCUUUCUCAUCAAGGAAAACAUUUCUGAUAUCCAGCAACAGAUCAGAUGCCAACAGAGAACUGAAGUAAAUCGAGCUAAAGAGGUUGUGGAAAAACUGCAGGAAGAGCUCAGUGAACUGAAAAGGAAAGAUGCUGAACUGGAACAGCUCUCUCACACAGAGGAUCACACUCAGUUUCUACACAUGUUCCCUUUGUUCUCAAAUUUUACUGAAUGUACAGAGGUACCUUUUACUAAACGUCAUCCUCUGCUGUACUUUGAUGAUGUGCCGGCUGCUGUGUUAGAGGUGAAAAAUAAACUGCAGGAUGAUCUUCAGGAAGGAUGGCAAAAAGUUUCCCGCACAGUGACUGAUGUAGACGUGUUGCUACCUCAACCAGAGCCACAAACCAGAGCUGAAUUCUUGAAGUUUUCAACUCAGCUCACACUGGAUCCAGACACUGUAAACAUGCGGCUGUUAUUAUCUGAAGAGAACAGAAGGGCAACAUUUGUGAGUAAAAAACAGGCAUAUCCAGGUCACCCUGAAAGAUUCAUGAACAGGUCGCAGGUCCUGAGCAGAGAAAGUCUGACUGGAUGUCAUUACUGGGAGGUAGAGUGGAGUGGGUUUGGUAUUUACAUAGCAGUCGCAUACAAAAGCAUAAGCAGAACGGGAGAUCAAAGUGAAUUUGGAAACAAUAGUGAGUCUUGGGCAUUAGACUGUUACAGUAGUAAUUAUUCACUCAGUCAUGGAAAAAAUUGUUAUAGGUUUACAGGCCCUGUGUCUUCCAAAAUUGGAGUGUACCUGGAUCACAAAGCAGGUAUUCUGUCCUUCUAUAGUGUCUCUGGCACCACAACUCUCCUUCACAGAGUCCAGACCACAUUCAAUCAGCCGCUCUACGUUGGACUGAGGGCAAGUCACUUCUUAGGAUCAGACUCCUCUGCUGUGUUUGUCUGA